GUUUUGGUGGGGAUUAUUAUUCUGGUAAAGAAGCAAAACAAUGGGGAACGAGGCAAAAAUCUUCACUCUUCCAGAAGUUUCAGAACACAAUCAUGCUCAUGACUGCUGGAUCAUCAUCAAUGGAAAGGUUUAUAAUGUGACCAAGUUCCUUGAAGACCAUCCUGGUGGGGAUGAAGUUCUCUUGUCUUCAACAGGUAAGGAUGCAACGGAUGAUUUUGAGGACGUGGGACACAGCGAGAGCGCGAGAGAGAUGAUGGAGCAGUACUACGUAGGUGAGAUUGAUCCAACGACAAUCCCAAAGAAAACAAAAUACACACCUCCUAAACAGCCUCACUACAAUCAAGACAAGACCUCUGAGUUCAUUAUCAAGAUCCUUCAGUUUCUUGUACCCCUUGCCAUUCUCGGUUUAGCAGUUGGCAUUCGUAUUUACACUAAAUCAGCCUAGUCUUCUUUCUUUUUUUUGAGCAUUACUCCCAUAUCUCAUAUAUAUAGACAGAGACCGAGAUUCUCAAGUCUCCAAGUCACUCCCUUUUUUCAUGUCUCUCUCUCUCUGGUUCUAUCUUUUGUAAUGUGUUUUGCAUUGUUUUCUGAGCAAGAGUCUUGUGCAGGAAUGCAACUGAUAUUGAUCUAUAGUGAUAUGUUUGAAGGUGUGCUUAAGUA